AUGGAGCUAGAUGUUCAUCUGAAGAGAGAAGGCGGGGAGUCCUGGGGCUUCCGCCUCGUUGGGGGCAAAGACUCCAAGAUGCCCCUCACGGUGGUCAAGGUGGCACCAGAUUCGCCGGCGUCUCGCGCGGGCCUCCAAAAUGGCGACGUCCUGUGUCACGUGACCGGCACAGACGCAUCUGAAAUGUCGCACGACAGCGCGAAGCAGUUUGUGGCCGACGCAAAGGACACUUUGGAGCUUGGUGUGAAGCGUGGUCUCUACGACCCGGUCCUGGACGACUACGAGCCAAUUUACGAGACCAUAGACCAGGAAGAUUUCGACCAACCAUCGCAGCCGACUGAGGAGGAAAUUCUCGAAAUCGAACGAAAGUCGUCCCUCCUCGCUUCUGCCAUCGACGAAACAAUCAAAAGCAUAGAAGAAUACAAAGAAGAAGUAGGCAUUGAAACUAAAAAGGAGAUCACAGUCACAGAAGAGACCAAAAAAGAACAUACCACAAAAUCUAUUGAAGAACAUGUAUCUACAACAGAAGUAAUCAAGUCUACGAGCGACCAACCAAUAAUAUACAACGGCUUUGCCAAAGUAGAGACAAAAGUAUACAACAAUGCUGAUAGUAGAAUAGAUGAGGAAUGGAAGAAAAUCGACGAGCAAGUCAAGGAAAGCAACGAAAAUUUAGUUCAACUAACAAAUGGUUUUACUGAGGGAACUCUAUCCAAUGGAGUUGAUGCUGCAUCUAAUGGUUUAACUGAAAAAACUCUAUCCAAUGGAGUUGAAGCUGCAUCAAAUGGUCUGACUGAAGAAACUGUAGCUAAUGGAGUUGAAUCUAAAACAAAAGCUAAGGUCGAAGACACAACACUAAAAGCUACAGAACUGAAUUCUUUAGAAGCUAAACAGGAUCUGAUUCAAUCAGAAAAUACAGCCGAAAUAUCACUUACAAAUUCAGUUAAAGAAACAAUGGAAGAUACAGCUAUUUUAAGUGAUACUACACCUCGCAAAUCAUCAGUAGAUGUUGCGAAAUUUGACAUAAAGCCUGCAGAGGAAGUAGUUACAAAUGGAGGUAACCCAGGGGAUGUGUCGGCUGCAUUUGUGAUAGAACAGAAGAGAGAUCCGAUGGAGGGAUACAGACCAGUGCAGUUCAAUCCAGAAGAACUGAUCGCGGCUAAGAAAGGCCUGCAGAGCAUCCACUUAAGUGUUCAGGAGCCGACCUUCCAAAGGGCGCAGUCUCCAAACUACGUGUCCAGCUCGGGUGAACCGCUCGGCACCCACCAGGGCAUUGUGGACAGCCUUGAGGAGGCUACAGUGGACGAAGAGUUUGCUAAGGAAUUAGGCAAGCCUGGCAUGACAGAACAGAAGAUCGCAGAGUUGAUUUCUGGUGAAUCUGAAAUGUUAAGAGAGGCGCACGUUAUGGGGCUCUCUCGCGUGUUGAAAUCACACAUGCACCGGGCUGACGAUUCCAGCGUGGACUUCAAGAAGAUAAAACCCAUCAUCGAGUCGCUGAAAGACUCUGAAGUCCUAAAGGCAUUAAACGACGAGCUGAUCAGGACGGCAGAAGAAAAGAAGAAGGAAGAAGAGAAGAAAUGGACGACGUUCCUGCAAAAGCCGAAGCGGCCGGUCCCGAAGGCGAAGUUUGGAUAUUUCGGAUACAUUCAGGAGGAAGAAAAGAUUGAGACGCCGUACAAAGUGAAAAUAGUGAAACAGCCGAAGCCAAAAGUAGCCCCCGAUUACAAACCAGAGAAUUUCGAGACCGGUCCUCUACCCUGGGAGGAGCGGGCCCUCAACGAGCCUCCUCCACCACCAGUAGAGCCAGAGGACCCAAUACUGAUCCCUGAGGAGGUGCCGGAGUUCUUGGAAGCUGUUGACCCUCUGCCAGAAAGUGAAGUGCCAGAUCUUGAGGAGACAGGUAUACCCCUGCCCCCUCCGAAGCCCGAAGAAGAAUCUGUUCCUUCUCCGGUUCCUCUAGAAGAACCGGAAGCCACAGAAGAACCUGUGGAGUUGGACGUGGAAGCAGUGGUUGAGGAGACGAACCAGAUCGUGGAAGAUAUGGAGAAGAAUCGUUUGGCUGAGCAGUUGUUGAUGGGAGUGCAGAAUAUGGUUGAUCCGAACGCGAGCGUGGAGCAGCAGUUGGCCCAGAUGCGAGCGCAGAUGGCAGCACUAGCACAGCUGCCCGGCGUCAUCCAGCAGACCCUCGACCUGGUGACGCGUCAGCUCAGCCAGCUCACCCAGCAGGAGACACAAAUAACUGCCGUGUCUGAAACGCAGAUGCAUUCUGAGAUGCAGUCGGAAUCCCACGAAUCUGUUGAAGUAACCGAAAACAAUUGUGAAACUGUCCAAGAAGAAUCCAACAUAAUUAAAGAAGAAAUAAACCAAAAUGGCGAACAAAACGGUACGACAAUCGAGGAGGUGGUAGAAGAAACGAAGCCCAGCCUCACGCAAGAGGAAAUGGAGAAGUUGAGAAGAGAAGAAGAAGAAAUGCUGGAGGAACAGAGAAGAGUUGAGAAGCAGAAGAAGGAGCUCAUGGAGCAAAUGAGGCUUGAACAAGAGUCUCGACAAGUGAAGCAGCGUCCGACCCCACGCGUGGGCAAGCCGAAGCCCGUGUUUGGGAACCCAGAGCCUCAGGCCAGGCCUUUGGUCCUGCCCGGAGGAAGGAGGUGGAGGAAACCUGCUGAUGCGUACAACGAGGCGUUCAUUGCUGAGACGUUGAGCGCGCAGGCUGAGAUGAUUCAAGGAAAAACUAAAGGGUCAUAUGAAAGCGACAUACUGCCAUACGAUGAGAGGAUCAACUUCAUGAAAUACGAAAAGCCUCCCGUGUCCCUCGACCACCUUCAACACUCUGACGUGUACAAGCUCAUCCACAAUAUGGAGCAGGAGCCGCCGAAGCGAGUGGAGAUGCGCACACCCGUCAUCGCCGAGGCUGAUUAUAGAGAGAAAUGCCGUUCGGUGACUCCUUGUGGACUGGCCAUACUCUGAGCACCCACAACACCAAGUUUCAUUUCAUCAUACUAAACGUUCAUGUUUAAAAAAAUACUUGCUUAAAACCACUAAGUUCUUCGUCUAAAGUCGAUUA